AUGAGUGCAAUUCCGACGCUCCCUGAGAACGUACACUCGCUUGAUUCCGCGAGCUACUUCUCGCCUGUGCCCGAGCUCGUGAGCAAUGCAGGAGAGGGCGAUGCGGUGAUUCUGGGCGUCGAUGAGGCCGGCCGCGGCCCGGUCCUGGGCCCAAUGGUGUACGCAGUGGCUUACUGCACAGUCUCCUACGAGGCCACAAUCGUGCGGCAGCACGGCUUCGACGACUCCAAGAAACUGACUGACGCGGUCCGGCGCACGCUCUUCGGCAAGAUCUGCGCAGCCGAGCUGGCGGGAAUCGGGUUCGCGACCACAGGCCUCUCGCCCGCAGCCAUCAGCAGCGGCAUGCUGCGCUACCCCCCCACGAAGAACUACAAUCUGAACGAGCAGGCCCACGAUACCACCAUUGCGCUGAUCCAGGGCGUACUCGACGCCGGCGUCCGCGUCGAGCACGUCUACGUCGACACAGUGGGCCCGCCCCUUGCCUACCAGGCCAAGCUGCAGCAGCGCUUCCCAGCCUGCAAGAUCACAGUCGCGAAGAAGGCCGACUCGACCUUCCCGGUUGUCAGCGUCGCCAGUGUCGUCGCAAAGGUCACGCGCGAUGUCUGGCUUCACGCCCUGCGCCCCACGCCAGACGAUGUUCUCGGCUCCGGCUACCCGGGCGACCAGAAGACAGUAGCUUGGCUCCACCGCGAGUGCCGGCCGCUUUUCGGCUGGAGCCCGGAGCUCGUGCGUUUCUCCUGGCAGACCUGCCGAACCCUACUCGAGUCCGACAAGGCCAUCCGCAUCGAGUGGGAGGAGGACAGCCUCAAGAAGAAAUCGUACGCCUCUGCUGCAGCCGCUGCCCUACUCUCAGCUGGCAGGCCCCGCCACGAUCCUUCUGCUGUCGUUUCGCUCGACGCCUGGUUCGGCCAUUGA